AUGAGCCCCAGCGAAAUUGCUGCAAAUGGAUGGACUGCUGUCCCAGUCGAUGCCGGAAAGAUCUUCAGCAAUGGACCUUAUAUCAAUGAACCUGAGUACAUUGACGUUCAUAGCGUUCACUUCCCGGAUGAUGACCCAAUCGUCAACAAGACACAGCAACAUGCCAAAGAUAAGUUGUUGAAGCAGACUUAUAGCCAUUCCAUGAGAGUUUACUACUGGUCUACUGUCAUUCUCCGACAGCAGUUCCCAAAGCAUGCUGAUGCUCUCUCUCCCUCAACCCUGGCACUGACUUGCCUCCUCCAUGAUAUCGGCACCACCGACGACAACAUGUCUUCAACCCGCCUCUCUUUCGAGUUUCAAGGUGGUUUCCAAGCUCUCAAUCUCCUUCAAGAAACUGGCUCUACCAAAGACCAGGCCGAAGCGGUUUGCGAGACUAUAAUCCGUCAUCAGGACCUCGGCACUGAGGGAAAUAUCACUUUUCUCGGGCAACUCAUCCAACUAGCUACGAUCUAUGAUAACGUGGGUGACCAUCCAAAUGUCAAGGACUUCGGAAAGAUAAUUCAUAAGAAGACGCGCGCGGAAGUCAAUAAUGCCUUCCCACGUGAGGGAUGGCUGGGGUGCUUUGCGGCUACUAUUCGAAAGGAGGAGAGCUUGAAGCCUUGGUGCCAUACUACUCACAUUCCUCAGUUUGCGGAGCAGGUGGAGGGUAAUCAGCUGCAGAAGCCAUAUGAGUGA